CUAAAUUAUGGCACCAUCACCAGAGACUCACCAAUAAGAUGAACACUACUACAAUUUUUACCCACAAUACCACCAGCCCUUGCGAAUGCUGCUGGGAAAACCCCUUUACCUGGAAGUGCGCUUGCUAAACCCUCCAGACCCCACUGCUAUGCUGUUGGUGCAUUACUGUGUUGCCUACCCACGCUCUGCAAAUUCUACCUGGAUCCUUAUUUAUGAUGGGUGUCCCAACUUUCUUGACAAGACCCCAAACCACAAGCCUCCUGCCAUGCCUGCAGAGGCUCUGACCAAUCAUGUGAGACGAUUCACUAUCACUACAUUUCAGUUCCUUCCUGUAGGUGGCAACUUGCAGACAGAUGAGGAGAUCUAUUUUAUGUGCUCAACGGAGGUAUGUCUGCCUUCAGAUGGUCCGUGUGUUGAGGGCUGCUUUGGAGAUUCUUCGCAUGUGAAGGAAGACUGA